CGUAGUGUUACCGGAGUGGAAACUCUUUCAAGACUAAUGUGUAGAGCGACUUAGGAUAAGUUAUCAAUUCGGUAAGCUAUACGACUGGAUUUUUCUCAAUAAUCGACUCUGGUUGACGCUAUGACUUCUCCGAAUCCCCAUGAUGCGCCCGUGCUUUCGAGUUCGCCUGCCUCAAUCAGAGGCGCUUCUCCCGUUCGACGAAGGGACAAUAGAGAAAGUUUAUUAUGCCAAACCGAUGUGGUGGAGCCUGGUUCUCGACCGCACAUCUCGCCGACCCUUAUCCGCUCGUAUGAUCCAAAUGACCCAGAAGUGAGGGAGAGGCAGAGAACGCUGGACGUGGACAUGGCUCUGCAUUUGUCCAGGGCCCGGAGAGAGACCACAGUGACACCUCCAACAGCAUCAUUGCCGUAUGAAUCGGCUCCUCAUCCUGAAGCAGGGCCCCCAUUCUCCCAUUUCUCUGCCAUCGAGGAACACGACAUUGAUCUUGCUCGCGGGGACAGAAUUAGUCACCUCGAUCAUGAUGGUGUGAACGGCGGUUCUGACGGACUGCACUCGCCACGGUCUCUAACUCCUAUUGACCUGCGGAUGCAGCACCUUGACCAGACCCAUGACCCAGCCCUUCUGACGACUAUGGGAAGUGAGUACCGACCGAUUCGCGGCGAAGCUCUCGCUUCUAUGCCGGGCCUUCCCGUGUACCAAGCGAAUGCAGCCCACUCCAUCUUCGCCUUUGCCCAUCUGGAGGCCUUUGCGGCUCAAGAAAAGACCGAGUUGGGCAUAUCAUCACCUACCGAUAUCCAUGGUCCAGCAUUUCGGCUGCGCAACCCAAGCAUUCCACAGAGCGGCGGUCCAGAUUUGGCCACGUCUCCAUCUGGAGGAGCUCCUCCAUUUGAUGCUCCAUUCGACUCCUCUUAUCGCAGUAAUAUACGACAGCGGAAGCUCAGCCAGAGUAGCCCCGUCCCUAGGCAAAGCCGGAAAGGCAUUCGGGGCAAGAUGGCUCUAUUUGAGAACCACAGCGGAGACCCAAACUUCACUUUACCAAGUCGGCUCAUGGGGCAUACCAGCUUAAGCGCCAUCCCAUCCUCAGAAAACGUAUCAACAAAUCAGUACGGCGCUGCAGGGAUGGGCGGGAUCAUGUCACCCGGUCAUGACAGACCAUACCGAUUCUCGUUCUACUCCAAUGCGUUGUCUGCAACUAUUCACGCACGAAGCCUCAGCGAACUUCCUGCGGACGGGCAAUCCUUUGAAGAUUUGUUUACUGGCCUGCCUCCUCCGGACCGCCCACGAGACGCGAAAGGUGGUUCUGCCCCUGUUCCCGUGCCUCUAUCACACCAGGGGGCAGCUUCUCUCCAAAAUUCGAAUAAGCGCCUGGCAUCAGGUCCGCCGGAUUUUGUAUCCCCCAGCCACAAUGGUAGUUAUCAAAAUGGGAGUUUUCAAAACGGGGGCUAUCAUGGUCGUCCGGAGAAGGGCGGUGCUAGUAAUCCAGGCCCACCAAACAGCCUCGUGGGCGGUGGUGAACUUGAGGGAAAUACGUGGUGGCUAGAUGUCCUAAGCCCGACAGAUGAAGAGAUGAAAACUCUGAGCAAGGUUUUCUCUAUCCACCCCUUGACAGUUGAAGACAUCCAAAUGGAGGAAGCUCGUGAAAAGAUUGAAUUAUUCCGGAACUACUACCUUGUCUGUUUCCGGAGUUUUGAUCAGGAUCCUUACAGCCCUACGCACCUGGAGCCCCUGAACAUGUACAUUAUUGUAUUUCGAGAAGGAACUUUGUCUUUUCACUUCCGCCCCACUCCACAUCCGCAAAAUGUCCGCCGAAGAAUAAAGCAGCUCAAAGAUUACAUUAACGUCACAUCAGACUGGAUCUCGUACGCGUUGAUUGACGAUAUCACCGACGCCUUUGGUCCUCUAAUCCAAUCCAUUGAAUACGAAGUCGAUUCCAUUGACGAGCUCGUCCUUAUUUUGAAGGAGGCAGAACAAAGUGACAUGUUGAGGAGAAUCGGAACAUGUCGCAAGAAAGUCAUGGGACUGCUACGCUUAAUGGGCAAUAAGGCGGAUGUAGUCAAGGGUCUCGCGAAGAGAUGCAACGAAAACUGGAGGGUGGCACCAACGUCAGACAUCGGUCUAUAUCUUUCCGACAUUCAGGACCACUUGAUAACCAUGACGCAAAAUCUGAAUCACUACGAAAAAAUUCUGUCACGGUCGCACUCCAACUACUUGGCGCAGAUUUCUAUCGAGAUGACGGAUGCUAACAACCAGAUCAAUGAUGUCCUCUCGAAGUUGACGGCGUUGGGUACGGUCCUCAUCCCGAUGAACUUGGUGACGGGUAUAUGGGGUAUGAAUGUACACGUUCCAGGCCAGGAUGAUCAGGUCAGCUACCACUGGUUUGCUGGGAUCCUUUCCGCGCUCGCAGCCUUUGGCAUCAUUGGCGGGUACACCACUUAUAAACUCAUGGUUAAACGAUAAACGCAUUGAAAGUUGAUCGUUUUUGUUUUCAUUCUGUUUUCAGUAUCUAGGUCUUCGCGUUUCUGGUUCGCUAUCAUGAUUUGUAAUAUUUUACUCCCGAUUUCGUCAUCGCGAUUUGCGCCUAGACUUCCAUCGAGUUCGCGGGAGAACUCAAAGAUCGCCCUCAAUUUCCCAUUCACAACA